AUGACCCGACUGAUCGAAACCGUCGACCUCUCGAACACAUCCACGGCAUACUACGCCCCAGCAACAAUCACUCGCGCCGGUUCUCUCGUGCAUGUAUCAGGCUUGCCCGGCAACACCAAAGAUGGCCAGGUGCCGUCAGACUACGACUCACAAAUCCACCUCGCGUUGCUCAACCUUCGCAAAGUCAUCAUAGCUGCCGGAUCGACUGUGCCAAAUAUUGCCAGUUUGACUCUCUACAUUGUGGACUACGAUGCCUCCAAGCGCCAGCACGCCCGCCACGUACAGCGGUUCCUGGGAGCGCACCGCCCCGCAAUGACGCUCGUCCCCGUACAAAACCUGGCGGUGCCGGGCUGGUUGAUCGAGGUCAACGCCGUGGUCGCUCGGCCAGAGGCACCUCCAGUUCCUCGGAGCCUUCCUUCUGUGCAGGAAACUGUCGAUGUUGUCAUUAUUGGUGCGGGAUUGGCGGGCCUUUCCGCUGCUCAUGAGGUCCGGCGGGCUGGACUGAGUUGCGUCGUUUUAGAGGCCCGGGAUCGUGUAGGCGGCAAGACGUGGAGUCAACCGAUGGAGGAUGGCGGGGAUAACGGAGUGUUCGACCUCGGUGCGGCCUGGAUCAACGACACGAACCAAAGCAGGAUAUAUGAACUUGCGACGAGAUACGGCGCCGAGUUGAUCGAACAGAACACUAAAGGCAACUGUGUUCUUCAAGAUUUUGAUGGCAAGUGCAGUCCUUUCCCAUAUGGGGAGCUGCCCAAAUUCAGCGAAGCGACUCGUAAUCAUUUGGCUCAGAUUAGGGACAUGGCAGAAGCAGACUGCCAGGCCCUCGACGUUCUCAGACCAAGGGACACAUCUCUCGAUUCCCUCACAUUCGAGGCCUACCUCAAAUCUCGCGGUACCGACAGUGUUGCUCUGGCCACGGCCACUGUAUGGACACGGGCCAUGUUGGGCCAAGAGCCGAAAGACAUCUCAGCACUGUACUUCCUGAACUAUUGCAAGUCCGGUGGUGGACUGUUGCAGAUGCGAUCAGACAGGAAAGACGGCGGGCAGUAUCUACGAGUGCGCCAGGGCACGCAGCUCUUUUCCAAAGGGUUGGCUUCGUCAUUGCCUGAAGGUGUCGUCCAUCUCUCUAGCCCCGUACAGGCUGUUGUGCAGAACGACCAUCGCUCCGUCAAAGUCGAGGCCAAUGGCAAGGUCUACUCUGCGACAAAGGUCAUCACCACCGUCCCUGGGCCCGUCCUCAAGACGAUAUCGUUCCAACCGGCACUUCCCCACACGAAGCAGGCUUGGAUCGAGUCUCAAACUUACGGGUACUACACAAAGGCUAUGAUGGAGUUCAGCACCCCGUUCUGGGUUGAGAAGGGUUACUGCGGCUUGGCUCAGUCUUUCAUCGGCCCAGCCUCCGUGAUCCGUGACACGAGCAGUCCGGCAGACAAGAAGUUCGUACUGACGUGCUUCAUGGCCGGCGAGCCUGGGAAGGCAUGGGCGGCAACGACAACCGCCGAGCGCGAGAACAGCCUACUGAAGCAACUGAGCGAGUUGUAUGGCGUUGAGAACAUCCGUCAGCUUUUCAAGCAAAUGGUAUUCUAUGAAUGGGUCAACGAUGAGUUCUCGGGAUGGGGUUGCCCUUGCACAUCGCUCACUCCUGGAGUUCUUGAUACGCUUGGUGGAGACGGACUCCGGGAGCCGCAUCGUGAUGUUCAUUUCGCGGGAACAGAAACCGCUGGUGAAUGGAAGGGCUACAUGGAGGGCGCUGUACGAAGUGGAGAGCGGGCUGCUGCGGAGGUUGUGAAAAGUCUCCAGGGCGGUAUUGUAUCGCGCCUUUAG